AAUUCUUUUUACCAUCUCUCAAAUGCGUCAAAUAUGUACCGAUGUAAAUAAACAUGUAAUUUAUAAAUCAGAUAUCUGUUAUGGUUGAACUUUUGUACUUAAAGAAUAAAAAUUUCAGAUACAUUAGUAUUUUCGGAAAAGAAACUUAAUGGAAGAUUACUUUGAAACUGCAAAAACAGUGAAGGAGCGGGACAAAUUUCUGACAACUGGCUGUUCAAAACUUGAUGCAUUACUUGAAGGUGGUAUUACUACACGUGGAAUUACACAAAUUUAUGGAGCUGCCAGUACAGGAAAAACUCAGUUGGCUCUACAAUUAUGUUUAACUGUACAGCUUCCUGAAGUAAAAGGCGGUUUUGCUGCUGGUGCUGUAUAUAUAUGUACUGAAUCUAUCUUUCCAUCAAGAAGAUUACAGGAAUUGAUACAAAAGCUAGAUGCUACUAAAAAAUAUGGAAUAAACGGUGAUUUAGUAUUUGUGGAACAUGUUUCAACUACUGAUGAAUUAGAAACAUGUUUACUUCAUAGAAUUCCAAUAUUAAUGUCUGCCAAAAAGAUAGGAUUAAUAAUCAUAGAUUCAAUUGCUGCACCAUAUAGAGUAGAAGAUUGGAACAGUGAAUUUAAUAAUAGACCAAAGAGUUUAAGGACAAUCGGACAACAAUUACACGAAUUAAGCAAACACAAUAUUUGUAUAAUUUGUAUAAAUCAGGUAACAGCAGUUAUUCACAAUAACCUGCUUGAUGAUAAUGUUAGCGAGCGACCAGCUUUGGGAACAACUUGGUCAAGCAUGAUAACUAAUUCCAUAUAUUUUUAUAGAAUAAAUUCUCUUAGAUAUGCUUGCAUUAAAUUAUCAUCACAAUUACCACAGAUAAUUAUUCCAUUUAAAAUAGAAGGAUCUGGAGUUACAGCAAUAGCUUAAAUAAAGUAAAAUGCAAAAGA